AAAUACCCAAAGCUAACCCCCCUCUCUCUCUCUCUCUCUCUCUCUAAAACUCACCGUAACAACAUCACUCGGUGGCUCAACCGCCGGCGACUGCAGUCAAUGCCUACUCAAAAUCCUUCAACCGACUCUGCCUCCGAAGACGAAGAUGCCGUUCAGCUGCAACGUAACAAUCAGAACGUCUCCGAACACAUCGAACAACAGGAUAAACAAGCAGAGUCGGAUGAUGAUGAUGAUGAAAGUUCGUCUUCUAGUUGCAGCGACGAGAAGGAUGAGUUUGUUUAUGUGAAGUUGGCUGAAGUUCGCAAGGACGUGCAAUGCCCAAUUUGUUUAGGUAUUAUUCGGAAGACAAGAAAAGUUAUGGAAUGCCUUCACAGGUUUUGUCGAGAGUGCAUAGACAAAUCAAUGAGACUCGGGAACAACGAAUGCCCUGCUUGUCGUGCUCAUUGUGCAAGCCGUCGUUCCUUGAGGGAUGACCCUAAUUUCGAUGCUCUGAUUGCAUUGUUGUACCCUGACAUUGAUAAAUAUGAGGCAGAGGAAUCAGCCUUUUCUAAUGAUGAAAAAGCUCGGAACAAGCAGAUCCAAGCAUCGAUUGCGCAAACGUCUCGCCGCCAGUUAGAAGCACUUGGAAAAAAGCGAGCAAAUGCUAAAGCUAUAGAGAAUGCAUAUACGAGAAGACCACAGUCGACCCGGAAUCUCAGGGGAAGAAAACGUCAAAGGUCUACUGAACCUCAAGAUUCCGACAAUGAAGUCGAUGCUGACAAUGUUAACGGAGGAAAAUAUUCGUCUUCUACAGACGAGGCCGAGCCCGCCACAGAAGUGAAACUCAUACGGUACAAGAGAUGGUCAGGAGGUCCGUCUUCUUUGCCAUCAUCAAGUGGUGCAAAUGGAGGAUGUGAUGACAAUAAAAUAGAAGUUUCUAGAAAAACAGUUGGUGGAUCUGUUGGGCUUGUUGGCAGCCCGGAAAUUCUAGCCUGGGGCGGUGGCGGUAUGAGGAGUCAUACACGCCAUGGUGGCCAAAGUAGUGCCGGUAAGAGUGCGAAGAACAGUCUGCAGUCGAAGCUCAUUCAUCAUCUCCAAAAGUUACCACAAAAUGAUGAUCAGCUGGAUAUCAAUCUCAUGCUCGUAUCUUUGCACGAGCAAAAUAUACCAAAUUUGCAGAAAUUACAUGUUUGCUGCAAGCCAACCAUGACUACUACUAACAUCUGCCAGUAUGUUGCUAUUAAAAACGGUUUGCGAGCUGAUGAGAUCGAGUUGUUGGUAGUAAAGAAGGGCCGUUACGACAUCACCCCUUUACGCUUUUCAAGUGUUUCAUCUGAUGAACGAUCUGAACCUGUUGCUGUAAAUCCCCUGACCGAUGAGCUACAACUGUUGGAAGACCAUCAAUGCAUGUUAGAUGUUGCGAAAGUUUCCAGUCAAAACAAUCUGACUAUAGCGUACAGGAAGAAGUCACUUGGCUCGUAAAGAGCUCGCUCACUCAAUCCUGGGACGAAUUGUAUGCUUAUGCAAGGAAUUUAUGAAUAUAAAUUAUGAUGAAACUUACUAAUAUGUGGCCCUUUUGUAUCACAUCAACUUAUAUAAAUUAUUAUCCAUCUAUACAAUGCAGUAGUUAUUUACAAAAA